UGCGUUUGCUUUCAGAUUCAGUUUCGUUCCCGCGGACGGUUGUUUGUCCUCGUUUUCGGAGGCUCAAUACAGACCUCAGUAGUUCGCCUAGUUUCGGUUUUGAUUUUUUCUUUCAGGACGGCUACGGCUAGUAAGACACGAUACUACAUCUAAACGACACACAGUCUGGCACAACCUCUAUUCAAGAAAGUGUGCGCUUUAGCUCAUUUUGCUUUUUGUGCCUGGCGGCUGUGCCGCUGCGACUCAAACAAAUAGUAGCAUGUAAGUUGUAAAACCCAGAAACACGCACAUUGAACAUGCAGUACUCGCUACAACUAGAUCUAGAACUACAACUUCUCCUAGAGUGCUUGGUUGAGAAAUAAAGCAGCAGACUCGGAUUUUUUGAACGUUCGUCAUGUGACACCGACGGGCGAGUGCGCAAGAUCGUCGUCAACCGGGCACCAGAAGUGAUAGACGACAGCAGGUAGACGACACGUUUCAGACGACACCGCGCUCCUGCUUUGUUGAACCGAAGAGCACGGAGCCGUCCCCCCCCGCACAAAUAAAAUCAUGAUGCAGCACCCGUCAGACCACGACAAUUACCCCCAGCAGUCCAAGGUCCUGUUGAUGGGCCGGGCGAGCGCGGGAAAAACCUCGAUCCGGAGUAUUAUUUUUGCCAACUACCUCGCCCGGGAGACGUCCCGUCUCCACCCCACGAACAACGUGGAGCACUGCAACCUGCGGUUCCUGGGCAGUUUGCAGCUGAACCUGUGGGACUGCGGCGGAUAUCCUGAGUAAAAACGUACCCACACCAGAGUCAGGAUGGGGAUUUUGCAACACAAACCUAGGAGUUUUGUGAGUCACGCAUGACAAGUUGCACUCUGCAGUGUAGUGCAGGUUGGCAAGUGCAGCCGCGUCACAGAUUCGUCUGCUCAUCCUGUUCACAGCAUCACAAAUUCCAAAACACGACUGGAAAUGGCUCUCAUGGGGAUGCGCAUUACAAGCCUUCCUGUCUUUGCAAAUCUGCAUUACAACUCUGGCGUGGGUACGUUUUUACUCAGGAUAGCGGGCAGGACGUGUUCAUGGAAAAUUACUUCGAAUCGCAGAAGGACCAUAUCAAAAGGAAAAAUCCCCCCUCCCCAUAUCGAAAUGGAAAUCUGUGAUGCAGGACUUGUGGUACACAAAUCGGAUUUGUCUUGCAGUGGAGGACUGCAGACAGAUACAGAGCCCGGAUAGGGGUGGCUUGGGGUAGGUACUUAGCAUGGCAGACGUCUGCCCUAGUAGCGUAGCAGCAUUACAAAUCGCCUGCGAGAUGCAGCGGACGCCCUGGCUUUGCUCUCUUGCAGGACAGACUCGAUCUGUGGCGACAAAUCAGCAUCGCAAAUUUCCAAGAGCACGCCUUUGCGAUAUGGGGAGGGGGGAUUUUUCCUCACAAUAGACCACAUCUUCCGAAACGUCAGUGUCUUGAUUUACGUGUUGGGCAGCACGGCAAGCCUGACACAGACGGCGACAGGCGGGGCUCCGCAGGGCCAAGUGGCAAACCAAGAGGUAUUGUAUUAGGAUGAUAGUUGUGCAGCGGCCUACUCGACGUCGUUGUGUCGCGAUAAAUGUGUUGCGCGAGGAGCUAGCUGUACACCCGCCCCUGCGCUAGCUCGUGCAACAUGAUAUUAAACACUUCCUUGCAAUCAGAAAGUCUUCAUCGUUAAUAUCCACGCCCUGCUCGUCUACUUAAUAGAAGAAUGUUAAUAUUUGAUCCACUUCUCUAUCUCUAGUAAUACGUCGAAAAAAAAGAAAAAUCCUUUCCAACAACGAACGCAGGUCCAGCGCGACAUGACGUAUUUGAAAAACACCUGCGAGAACAUUAAGCAGCUCUCCCCGGGGGCGAAAGUGUUUGUCUUGGUGCACAAAAUGGACCUAAUUCACGAGAAGGACCGCAGCUUGGUUUUCCAGCGAUACGAACAGCAAAUCAACAGCAUUGCCGGAGCGGAUCUCGUCGGCUCGGUGAAGUGUUUCGCGACCUCGAUUUGGGACGAAACACUGUUUAAAGCGUGGUCCAACAUUGUGUACAGUUUGAUAUAUCAAAUGCAAAUAUGUCUGGGUGCUCUGGGAAAUGAAUACGCAACUUGUAAUGCAGGUUUUCCAUGACCCAUGAGGUCUGGAAUGCAGGACCUAGCAUGACAGAUUCUGCGAGAUCUCUAUCAUGCUUAUUCUGCGUGAGAAAUUCCGUCACCGGGGUCAAAAAUGCACGGCUUGUUUUGGUACUCAUGCAACACAGAUUCUUGUAUGAUUCAGAUGUAGCAUGACAAGUUGCUAUGUUCCAGACCCAGACAUAUUUGCACUCCAUAUGACACCGAACAUCACCAUGAUCGACAAGCAGCUGAAAUACUUCUGCGAGACCUGCGAGGCUAUCAAAUGCAAAUAUGUCUGGGUCUGGAAAUUUAUGAUGCUAAAAUGCGCAUGACGAAAACGCUCCCUCAUGCAGGAAAUCAUUACAAGUUUGCAGAACGCUUCCUCAUACGCGCUCCGCAUUAGAAACUGCGUUUUUGUAUGACAUCAGAGGCUGCGACUUUUGUGGGUCAUGCAAUACAGAUCUCACAGGAAUGCAAAACCUGCAUUAUUUUUUUCCAGACCCCGACAUAUUUGCAAUGCAUAGAGGCCGACGAAGUGGUCCUGUUUGAGAAAGCCACUUUCGUCGUGAUUUCCCACACCACGCGGCGGGAAUUCCGGGACCCGCACCGGUUUGAGAAGAUCUCCAACAUUAUCAAGCAAUUCAAACUCUCCUGCGGCAGGGCGAAUUCCAGUUUCAAACGCCUCUCCGUGCAAACCGAGACGUUCACGGCCUUUAUCGAAAAAUUCACGCACAACACCUGUCUCAUGCUGAUCGUCACCGACAAAGACGUGCAUCCGGCCGCGGCCAUCGCGAAUAUUGACGUGGCCAGGAAACACUUCGAGAGAAUUAUCAAAUGAAAGGUGGGAGUGGGACGAGGGCGAACGCGAAGAAUUCACUUGUAUAACAGCGACAGAUCCACGUGGUUUGUGUUUCCUCCUUCCUCUCGUCGUGCCGAUGAGCCGUGUUGGCUAGCAAGGACGAGGGAUACUAGGGUGAACAUCAUACCAUGAGCCGGAAUUUAAGUAUUUCGCCAGACACGUGCUUUGAAAGCGACAAAGUUAAUUUUGGACUCAGAAAAGCAAAAACAGCAAUCCCAGACGAGGGUGGGAAGGGGCGUCGGCAUGGAAUCGCUCAGCAAUAUAAAUA